CUCAGUACUACUGUCAAAUCUCCGAGGUUCAGAGGACGAGUACAGGAGCGAAAAAAUAUUAGACCAAACAUUAUCCUAGUACUCACAGAUGACCAGGAUGUGGAGCUUGGCUCCUUGCAAGUGAUGAAUAAAACCAGGAAGAUAAUGGAGAAUGGAGGUGCCACCUUUGUCAAUGCUUUUGUAACUACUCCAAUGUGCUGUCCAUCUCGUUCCUCAAUGUUGACAGGAAAAUACGUUCAUAACCACAACAUCUACACUAACAAUGAGAAUUGCUCUUCCCCUUCCUGGCAAGCAACUCAUGAACCACGAACCUUUGCAGUGUAUCUCAACAACACUGGUUAUAGGACCGCUUUUUUUGGAAAAUACCUCAAUGAAUACAAUGGCAGCUACAUUCCUCCUGGUUGGCGAGAAUGGGUUGGAUUAAUCAAGAACUCUCGUUUUUACAAUUACACAAUUUGUCGCAAUGGCCUCAAAGAGAAGCAUGGGUUUGAAUAUGCAAAGGACUAUUUCACUGACUUAAUCACUAAUGACAGCAUUAAUUAUUUCAAAAUGUCUAAGAAGAUAUAUCCCCAUAGACCUAUAAUGAUGGUAAUCAGCCAUGCUGCUCCGCAUGGCCCGGAAGACUCUGCACCACAGUUUUCUGAGUUUUACCCAAAUGCAUCACAGCACAUAACCCCCAGCUACAACUAUGCACCAAAUAUGGAUAAGCACUGGAUUAUGCAGUAUACAGGCCCCAUGCUUCCUAUUCACAUGGAAUUUACCAAUGUCUUGCAGCGCAAAAGACUCCAGACUUUACUAUCAGUUGAUGAUUCCAUGGAAAGACUAUAUCAUAUGCUAGUGGAGACUGGAGAAUUGGACAAUACCUACAUUAUUUACACUGCUGACCAUGGUUACCAUAUCGGGCAAUUUGGAUUGGUCAAGGGGAAGUCAAUGCCAUAUGACUUUGAUAUCCGCGUCCCUUUCUUUAUUCGUGGUCCAAGUGUAGUGCCGGGAUCAGUGGUAUCUCAGCUCGUGCUGAAUAUUGACCUUGCUCCAACUGUUCUGGAUAUUGCAGGACUUGACACGCCUCCAGAUAUGGAUGGCAAAUCUAUUCUAAAACUCCUGGACCUUGAAAGACCAGGAAACAGGUUUCGAACAAACAAGAAAACCAAAGUUUGGCGUGAUACAUUCCUAGUGGAAAGAGGUAAAUUUCUGCGCAAGAAGGAAGAAUCAACCAAAAAUGUCCAGCAGUCUAAUCACUUACCAAAAUAUGAAAGAGUAAAGGAGUUAUGUCAGCAAGCAAAGUACCAGACACCUUGUGAGCAGCCUGGCCAGAAAUGGCAGUGCAUUGAAGACACAUCUGGCAAACUUCGUAUUCACAAAUGCAAGGUGCCCAGUGACAUUCUUGCCAUCAGAAAGAGAACUCGAAGCAUACACUCUCGGGGAUACAGCACCAAUGAAAAUGAAUGUGACUGUGGUGAAUCUGAGUACCGAAACAGCAGGACCCAAAGGAAAAAUCAAAGACCCUUUUUGAGAAAUCCCAGUAUACAAAAAUACAAACCCCGAUUUGUUCACACUCGUCAAACUCGUUCCUUGUCAGUGGAAUUUGAAGGGGAAAUAUAUGAUGUUAACUUGGAGGAGGAGGAACUGCACAUUUUUCAGCCCAAAAGCAUUGUUAAGCGGCAUGAAAAUUACAAUGGGGAGGAAGAACAUUCAGAAGAUACCACUGGCAAUGAAGAAAUGCUAGCAGAUGAAAUCAACACUGUUGGCCAACCAAACUCUGUCAGAGUGACACACAAGUGCUUUAUUCUUCCAAAUGAUUCCAUUCAUUGUGAAAGGGAACUGUACCAGUCAUCCAGAGCCUGGAAAGACCACAAAGCCUACAUUGACAAAGAGAUUGAGGCACUCCAAGAUAAAAUCAAAAAUCUGAGAGAAGUGAGAGGUCAUCUAAAAAGACGAAAACCUGAUGACUGCGAUUGCAACAAAAAGAGCUAUUACAAUAAAGAAAAGGGAGUGAAGGCUCAAGAAAAGCAUAAGAGUCAUCUUCAUCCAUUCAAGGAAGCAGCACAAGAGGUGGAUAGCAAACUUCAGCUCUUCAAGGAGAACCGUAGGAGGAAAAAAGAAAGAAAAGGCAAAAAGCGCCAGAAGAAAGGAGACGAGUGCAGCCUUCCUGGACUCACUUGCUUUACACAUGAUAACAAUCAUUGGCAGACAGCUCCCUUCUGGAAUUUGGGAUCAUUUUGUGCUUGCACGAGUUCAAACAACAACACUUACUGGUGUUUGCGAACAGUUAAUGAAACACACAACUUCCUCUUCUGUGAGUUUGCUACAGGAUUCUUGGAGUAUUUCGACAUGAACACUGACCCCUACCAGCUGACCAAUACAGUGCAUACUAUAGAAAGAGGCAUUUUGAACCAAUUACAUAUACAACUCAUGGAGCUGCGAAGUUGUCAAGGUUAUAAACAAUGCAAUCCAAGACCAAAGGGACUGGACACAGAGGACAGUUAUGGCAUGGAUGGGAAGGCUAAGCUGCCAAACUUCACUGAAAAUGUCAACUGGCAGGGACUGGAAGAUUUGUACAGUGUGAAUGAAACCUUAUAUGAACCCAGAAAUGACUACCAACUAAGUCCUGAUGACUGGACAAAUUACUUGAAGGAUGUAGAUAGAAUCUUUGCACUGCUGAACAGUUACUCUGAGCAAAAUGGAAGAGCAAAGACUCACACUGCUCAUCCCAGUGGCUAUUUGGAUGAAUCAUCUGCACCAUUGUCCUUGCUGGAAAUGAGCUCUGCUGGAUCAGAUGAAGGUUCAAGUUGGUUGACAUCUCAUGAGGAACAGCCUAUCUUGCCAACGGAUUUGGGGGCCCUGGCUAUGAGAGCAGUUACGUUACAUCAGGAGAGCACACUUGAAUUAAGCAAUGACAUUCCUGAAAAAAGGAAUCCAAAUCCCACACACUGGAGUAGUCACCAAGGAAAAACAUGGCUGGAGGCCGAAGACCCAGUUAGUUUUGAAAUGGGUUUUAGUGGGAAUGAUUUGACAGAGCUGGAGUCUAGACAUAGCUUCAUCUUACAACCAGUUAGCAUUCUUCAGAAAGAUUCUGCCCCAGGCAGUGACUCUGCAGAAGAUAUUUUUGAAGAACAGAUCUAUCUUCCCACAAACUCAGAUGAAGCAGUAAUUCAUCAGGCGUUAAACACAUUAAUUGUGGAGCAUAAAACUGAGAGAGCGUUGGAAAAAAGGGAACAUUUUCCAGAAGAAUCUUCACAGUUUGUAGCUAUAGAAGGCAGUGCCUCGUUUCCCCUAUCCUCAGAUUAAGUCAUGCAAACCCAUUUACAUUCUUGUUCAUUAUGAAUUAGUUGGCAAAUAAAAGUAGCCCUGACAACUGACAUUCCAAAUUAUAUUAUUGAUACAUUUCCAUAGUAAAUUAAUGAGCCUGAAAUGUGUGUUUCACACACACGUGCCAUAAAACCUGCCAUUUUGUUUAACUGUAGUGGAAGGAGUCCAUGUUUAAGUCAUUUUUACAGUAAGAACACUAUUUUCUAAACAACUACGAAGACCUCCUCAAAUGAGUCUGGAAUUUUGUAUUUUCUCAGUUCUGAAAAUAGUUUGAUGCCAAUGAAUGUUUCUGUCCAUUUAAGUUCUCUGAAUAAUACAUUUUUGAUUUGAAAAAAAAAUUAAUCACUGGAAUUUCAUACUGUCAGAGUAAAAUUAUCUUGCACUUUUAUAAUGCUUGCCAUACCCUUUAUUAAUUUGGUACUCUUCAUUCUUUCUUUGCUAAUGAUGUGUAAUUACAAUACAAUAAAAUAGGAUGUCAUAGAAGCAGUGUGCAGCAUGAAGUGUGAAAAUCAGUAAUCCAAAUUGGAAUAAUUUAAACUUUUAUGUUCUGAUUGAUUUAUGAUAACUUUUUCCCUAAGAGAGAUAGCUAAUGAAAGAUUAAUACAGGAGGACUUAAAUUGAUUCAGACUUUGCUAUGUAGGCUUAUAAGUAAUUAAGCUCUGCAUUUUCUAAUUCUUUUUUUAUUGUAAAGGAACUUUAAUUUCCAUUAAUCAAGUGAGAGCUGUGACAUGCUCAGGAAAGUAGUUGUUUCAUUUAAGACACUGGAAGCACUUAAAAUACAAGCCCCAAGCCAAAGAAGGGGUCUAAGGAAGCAGAAAUGUGCUUACAGUUUGGUUGUCUUCCUCAGUGACAUACCUACAUUUUUUAUGACAUGAAAUGCAUGGGAGGGGUGGGACUACUCUGCCUAGUGCAAGGCUGCACAGUCAGUUCCCUUGUAUCUUUGCAGUCAUAAUGCUCGACUGUAGCUAUGCGUCUUGCACCUCUCUAUUUGUCAUUCCUUUUAGUAAAGAAAAGAAACUCAUGUGCAUCCAUCUCCAAUUAAGUGAAUAAUGAAACGUGUGUAUGCCAGAGCAGUGGAGUACAGUUGAACAGAAUAGCUGAAAGAAAUGGUAAAAUCAUAUGAAAACUGAAUGUACAGUGAACAAAAUUUUUUUUUAUUACAACUCCUUCUAAAGUUCAUUGCUACACUAUACCAAACACUUUUUCUCUUAGCUGUUUUGAAUACCAUUUAAAUUUUUUAGAAUAUCCAUUUUAAGCAUUUUUUUUAAAAAAAACCCUGAACAUCCAAAGAACACGAUACAGUGAAACAAAUCAUCUCAAAACCAUACCUUCCAGUUUAUAAUUGAUGUUUUAGGUAUGUUAGUGGGGAAAGGAUGUUUUUGAAAAAUGUUUCAAAAGGCAGCAGUAUAUUCUACUUGGGCAUUUAAUAAUUUCCAGGAAAAGUUUGUGAUAGGUUCUGUAAACUUGUAUGUAUUAUGGGCUGAGUGACAAAACAAACCUAUUUAUAGCCAUGAACGCUUGUAUGUUGCUUUUUAUAUUAUUAGGCUUCUGUUCUUGUAAAAUAUUCUGCAAUACAUUUAUAGAGUAAUUCUGACUUCAGGAAAGUCUAGAGGCUGUAUUUCUUGGAAUAGUUGCUAUACCUGUAAUCUGCAAAAAGUUUUCAUAGAAAGAUUCCCUUUUUUUAAAAAAAUAAAGGAAUUUAAU